CUGAAGUCUCGACUAAAGGUCUUCAGACCCUCUCAAUCUGAAUCUCUAGCGGGCGACUAACCUCCACCGGAGUAGACAGAUUGAGGCCCUAAGAACAAAACCUCCACUACCGGAGUAAAUCCGGUACAGAAUAGUGAGUUGGUUCCUCGACUAAAGUCACCAACUCCCUACCUUCAAUCAAGGAUACUCUAUUAACCUAGGCAAAUAUUCUCAUUCUAGGUUAAAGCAGAAACAACAGGAAUUUGAUCAGGAUUCAAGUCAUUCAAUCAUUCAAACCUCAAUCGAAUAUAAUCAAAUCAUAGAAUCAGUACUUGGGUUCAUACAAUCAAACCUAACGUACAAAUCUAGGGUUCUCCAUACUCGGAUGAAUGGGAGAACUACUCCAUAGAGAAAGAAGCAAAAGCAGAAUCAGACGCGGAAUUCAUACUGUGAAGGAUGGAUUCCUGCUCCUGGACGUUGAUCGGCACUUCUCCAAGCUCAAACUGGCCUCCAAUGGUGUUGAAGAUCAAGCUAGGGCACUUGGAGACUCUUGUUCGUCGCUUUCUCUAUCUAGGAAUCGUUCUAUCUCUCAAAAACUCGAAUCCCCUUCUGUUUGGCUGAAAAUCUGCUUAAAAGGGCAUCAGUGGCCAAAGCACGGUCGAGGGCACGGCCGUGUAAUGCCUCAGCCCGCCCGUGCUUUGGCUAGGGUUAAUUACACGGCCAUGUGUUGGAAGAAACACGACCGUGUUUGGUGAUGGGCACGGCCGUGCUUUGGGUGGACACGGCCGUGCUUUGUGCCCGUGUUUUGGCUUGAUUUUGCCAACUCAAAUUUGCUCUCGGCAUAAAAAGCACGGCCACAGAACACGGCCGUGUUUUGUUUUAGGUCUGCCCGUGUUUUGGCUCCAGCUUGACGAAAUGUCCUCCGAAUACCCCGAAACUCGUGCUUAGCCUUUCCUUUGACGCCUGGAACCUGAAAUAUGACAAAAUAGCACAACCCGACGUAAAAUAGGCCAAAAUACACGACUAUGCCUCUCAAACGGAUAAGAAUUAGGGGUGCAAAUGCGUGCAAUUACAUCGUUAUCACUAGCCUUGCUCCUUGUGUUGAAGAGAUCCUCCUUUGGGGAAGGAAUUCCAAAAUCCUUACUUGAAGAUGAAACCAUAGCUUCUCCUCUUCUUUGGUUUGUCACUUUCUCACUCUAGAAAUAUGAAGAAGAAGUUUCUCACACUAGGCCCCAUUUCUCCUUUAGCUCAACCUCCUUUAUAUACCCAGAUCGGGCUCAGUUCACGGUCUUAGUUCACGGCCGUGAACUGCAAGCCCAGACCGUAAACUAAGGUCGAAACGCGUCGCAUCAAUAAUCCCAGUUCACAGACGGAGGUCUGAGUUCACGGUCUUACGAACGUGAACUGGCUUGAGGUCAGUGAGACUGAAAAUGGCUCUGUACACUUGGUGGUUCAAGGGUUGCACCUCCAGUUCACGGUCUUAGUGACCGUGAACUCACAGCCUAAACCGCGAACCGCAGUUGUUUCCACCGUUUGACUUGAUUUCCCCCCCCCCCCCUUUCGUCCAACUUUUAACUCCGGGGUUGGUUCCAUCAGCCAAAGUCUGAAAAACACAAAAACAAUGCAAAACUCUACGUAAAACCAAACCUUUUGGAGUAAUAUGCUUCAAACGACUAGGCAAACCGUGGGUAAAAAGCGUACAAUUGAGGCUGAAUAAAAAAUGGAUCUCAUUUUGUAAAGCACAACGAACUCGUUCCAUCUGUGCAAAAAAAAAAUUGAAAUCCGAGUUAAAACGAAGAAUAUAUGAGCCGAUUAAGAAAACAAGGAAAAAUAAAAAUUUCUUUAAUCCUCCACCCUUAGAUAUGACUUUUCUGAAUAAAGAGUCCAGAUUUAGUUAUUGAUGGGUGCAUAACCAUAGCUUAUGCACCCUAUUUGGAGCCGUGAAGAUGGCGUUGGAGAACGGGAAUGUGGCAGAGAUUAUCCAGAAAUGGUAUCUUCGACAGAGGAUGAAAUGAGCGCGAGGACAAUGAGAGAUCCAGAAGAAUUAGGGAUGGGAGGAGAACCGCCUUGCAUUUAUUUUUUAGUUAUUUUUAUUAUUGUUAUUUUACUGUUUUUGUCCUUGUUACUAGGGUAACAAUACUUAAAAUGUUGUUAUCUAUCCACUCCAUAAGUAAAAAGGGUCUAUACUAGGGAUGGUAAAUGGUUAGUAGUUAUCAGUUUUAACCGAUAACCGAAUUGAUAAGGGCAGUUAGGGGUUAACCGAUAAUCGAUAAUUUUUUAUUGGUUCAGUUUCGGUUAGCAGUAUUUUGCUUAGUGGUUAAAUCGAUGAGAAAGACGAUAAACGCCUACUAGUAUACCCACAUAGUUUUGGACUUUGGAUAAGGGGAAAAGUUUCAAGAUUCAAAACCAACAAAAGUCGCAAUUCCAAAUCAACAUCCCGAUUCCUCUUUAUUACAAUCAGGACUCCACCAAGAGCCUCAAAUAUGUUUAAGAUUUAGAACCCGAAAGUCACCCCUCUCUAACUCCCCUUUGCAGUCGGCAGAGAGAACCUCACACCUAGGGAUGGCAAUGGGUUGGGUUGGGUUUUGUCAAACCCAAACCCAAAUCCAUGGGUUUAUCCGUGAAAAAAAUUUGGGGUAAAACCCAACCCAAUCCGCUGGGUAUCAGCGGGUUCAUGGGUACCCACGGGUUUUUGUCGUGAAAAAUUUACAAUAACAAGUUCCUAUCAAAAUUAAAAGCAAAUAUCAAU